AUGGCACUCAGAUCCGUUUUGUUCGCUUGCCUCAUCCUUGCGAGCGUUGAAGCUUCUUUCAACAUGAACAAAAUCCCAGAUGGCUGCUUGCACUUGGCAAUGUACAACUGGACCUGCGACGAAAGCAAUCCAACAUUUGACUACAACAGUGCUUUCGCAAAAGUUCAUUUUGCGUGCCAGGGCAAGUGGACGUGCGAACUGGAAGCACAAGAACGGAGGGAGGCCUCCAGCGAAGCAACCGCCAAGGCAUUGCAGUCCCUCAAACUGAGUGUGCAAGCUGGCGAAGACGACGAAGGUAUGCCGAUUCGCCGAGCAGCGCCCAUAUCUGUGCUGCAAUCCAAGGCCAAGCAGAGCAUCGUUCUCUUCGCGGUGCCCCAGGGCAAAGAGCGGCUGAUCACAGACGUGCUCUUGUCCAUGAGGAUCGAGGCGAAAGAGUUUAGCGAACGGAACGUGCUGGUGGUUCCGGCCAUUGUGGAUGUCUCCGCCAAGAAGCUUGUGGAGCUUCCACCAAACAUCAGGGAUGCCAAGCUGAUCAGACAGGGUGCCAUUGCCUUGCCGUUGAAUGAAGCUGAGGAUGCCUGGGGCGUCACCCUGGCUGCUGAAUUUGAAGAAGCCCAGUUGCAAGGCACAGAUGAGGUGUUGCAGAUUGGUUUGGCUCUGAUCCUGGGGCGCGAUGGCUCCAUUUUGCGAAGGGGCUUCGGACGUCCCAGCUGGAAGGUAGUCUUUUCUGAGACGGACACGCUCUGA